AUGGUUCCACAGAUGCUGUCAAGGCUGUGGUCAUACUUUGUGUUUGUGUCAAGCAAGAAGGCAAGGCUCACAGGGCAGUCCCCUGAUGGCAGGGAAGCAGCCCUGCUUAACUAUGUUCUUAACAAGGCAGAGGAAGGUAAUGCACAGGCUGUCUUGGCUGCCAUUGAUGAUUACACUCAGAGUGUUUGGAUGAUGAACAUUGGCAAGCACAAGGGUUCCAUUCUGGAAUCUGCAGUGCAUAGAUGUGAACCCAAAUUGGCCUUAGAGCUGGGAGCUUAUUGUGGGUAUUCAGCCAUUAGGAUUGCUUCCAAGAUGACAAAGCCUGGUAGCAAGCUGAUCUCUAUAGAAGUGAAUCCCAAUAAUUGCAAUGUUGCCAAAGAAAUCGUAAUUCAUGCAGGGGUUGCAUCAAAGGUGGAAGUCAUGGAAGGAACAGUGAGUGACAAAGUGGAGGACUUGUGUGAGAUGUUAGAUGAUGAAGGGGUUCCACAGUUUGAUUUUAUAUUGAUGGAUCACUCCAAGCAAAGUUACUUGUCAGAUUUCUUGGUGCUCAAGGAGCGAGGAAUGAUUGGGAAAGGAACUGUCAUUGUGUCCAACAAUGUGGAUUCAGAUUUCUCCAACUAUCUGCGAACUAAAACUAAUGAAUUGGAGAGUGAAGAACACAAGUGUUGUGCAGAGUACUUGAGUCUCCUUCCAUCUAUUAUCACUGUUUCCACUUUCAAGGCUGAUCUUCCCAUCUCUGUUAGGACAUAA